AUGUCGCUGUCAAAGGCAACCACCAUCGGCCACGGCCAUGAUGGCCGUAUCGAGCCAGUAAAGGUGUUUGAGCUCCUACUCGAGCAAGAUGGUAGUCCCAACCAGCAAAGGUCUUACAUCCGACUUCCAGCUCCCGUGCAGCCCUACGUUCUCCGUAUUUCUAUCGAGGCUGGUGCUACCGCCUCUAGCGACGCCUACCUCUGGACUAACUAUUCAAACAAGCGCGACGCUUUCGAGCGAACCUCCUUCGAAAAGACGCCCUUCGCUUCGUCUGCUUCUUCGGCGAAUCGUGUCGAUCUCCUCAUCAAGUCUGCUGGUGUGUUCGAGUUUUAUGUCGAAUACACCGCCGACGACAAUGACAAGCCAUCCGCAGACCUCUUUGAGAACAAAGAGCAGAAGUCCACCCGCAAAAGAGGCAAGAGCGGCUAUUUCAACGUCGAUCCCAUUCUCAAAGUCGCAGUACGCAACUCAAUCCUCGGUCAAAAUGGGAAACCCCUUUCCUCAAGCGACGGCGGCGGUGCGGUCACUAGCAAGCAAGACUUCCUCGCCCUCGAUGGCAUCGUCCUUCAGACCCUCAUAUCCAAGUGGGCUGGUCCUCUCUCGGAGUGGGGCGUCCAUAUCAACUCGGCUCGAGACGCCGGCUACAACAUGAUCCAUUUCCCGCCACUCAACGUACGAGGGGCUAGCAACAGCCCUUAUUCGAUCGGCGAUCAGCACGACUUUUCCCUCGAUCUUUUUCCCAAGCAGCUUCAGGGCCGCGAUCAGAAAGCAGAGCGCGUCAAGCAACUCAAGGCGGCAUUACACGACAUCAAGUCCAAGCACGGUAUCCUCAGCAUGAGUGACGUUGUUUGGAAUCAUACCGCGCACAACAGCGAAUGGCUCAACGACCAUCCCGAAGCCGCCUACAGUCCUGCCAACUCUCCACAUCUCCAGCCUGCCGAUGAGUUGGAAAAAGCGCUUUUGAAGCUCAACAUGCGCUUGCAGGAGCACGGUGUCCCCGACGAGAUCAAAUCCGAUGCAGACGUGGCCAAGCUCAUCGAUGCUGUCAAGCAACAUGCUCUAAGACACCUCGACCUCUGGCAAUACUACGUCAUCGAUGUUGAGGCUGCUAAGGAGAGCUUCCAAGCUGCUCUAUCCGCUACCAAGGCCCAGUCCGGCUCCGAAGGCGCCAUUCGAGCCGACCUCAAGGACGCUGCGGCUAGAAUUCGCGCAUCUGCUGUGCAGAAUGAAUUGACACUGUCAGGCCGAUUCGCAACGACCAUCGAUGCUCAGGAAACCGUCAGGAUCUUCCACUCCGAUCUCGGCCUGACCGAUACCGAAGAAGCAGCCAGCUUCUUUGCCAAAGUUGUGGACGAAGUAAAUGCCUCUUACUAUGCCACAUACGACGACGACGUCAAAGCGAUCCUCAGCAACCUCGAAGGCCGUCUCAAGUUCACCCGACUCGAUCCAAAUGGCCCACAGCUCGGAAAGAUCUCCUCCGAAAGCCCCUUUUUCGAGCCGUACUUCACUCGUCUGGACCCCAAGCACCCUAGCACCGCUGGCCGUGAUGCCAAGGAGCUCUCUCUCGCCAACAACGGCUGGAUAUGGGCAGCCAACCCGCUGGAAGAUUUUGCUUCCAACAAAUCGCGUGUCUAUCUUAGGCGUGAGCUCAUUGUUUGGGGAGACUGCGUCAAGCUCAGGUACGGCUCGGGUCCACAAGAUUCACCCUAUCUCUGGAAACACAUGGAGGAGUACACUAAGUUGCUCGCCUCCAACUUUGAUGCCAUCCGAAUCGACAACUGUCAUUCAACGCCGAUUCACGUCGGGGAGCACUUCCUUGACAUUGCCAGGAAGGUCAAUCCCAACCUCUACGUCUGCGCUGAGUUGUUCACUGGUAGUGCCGAGAUGGACGUGCACUUCGUCAGCCGACUUGGCAUUAACUCGCUCAUCCGUGAGAUGGAGAAUGGUCACGACCCCAAAGAAGAGAGCCGGUUGCUGUAUCGAUUCGGUGUCAACAAACCGAUCGGCUCCAUGGACGGUGCCUGUCUCACUACGGCUGCCAAACUUUCCCUGCCAGAGGCAAACCUGAAGGACGCCGACUGCCUUGUCGAGCAACUCACUGGCUCCAACCCUCACGCGCUCUUCAUGGACGUGACGCAUGACAAUGAGACUCCCACCAUGAAGCGCACCACGGAAGACGCCAUCACUAUGGGCGCUCUUGUUGCCUUUUCUUGGUCCGCCAUCGGAAGCACCAAGGGCUUCGACGAUCUCUACCCCAAGACGCUUGACGUCGUCCAGGAAACUCGACUUUACCGUCCUAUCAGCAACCCAGAGGACAGCGGUAUUGGUGCUAUCAAGCGCGUCGUCAACCACUUGCACGUCGAGAUGGUGCGAAACGGCUUCUCUGAGGGACAUGUUCACCAGGAGAAUGAUUAUCUGCUCAUGCAUCGCGUGCACCCGCAGACGCACCAGGGCUUUGUGUGUCUCGCACACACCGCUUUCCAGAAGGGGUCCAAGGACCGUGGGCAGGCUGGUCCCUUCAAGCUCGACCGAACCCGCGUCACUUAUAUCCUCGGCAAAUCACUCGAAGUCACCAGCAACGAUGCCAAAAGCGAUGACAAGUAUCUUGACGGAGUGCACGCCAAGCUCAUCGAUCUUGCUGAGCCCGAGGUGCGCGUCACCGAAGACAGCCGUCGUCUGCGCUAUUCCGAGAUCGUGGUGCCCGACUUCUUUCCCCCCGGAAGCGUAAUGCUCUUUGCCACCGAGAUGGAGAACAUAGACCAUGACAUCGAUUCGCAAUGCCUCUCGGGAGCAGAUGAGGCGAUGGCCAACCUUGAUCUCGUCGAUCUCAAUGCGGUCCUCUACCGUGCUGAUGGCGAGGAGAAGGACGUCACAGAGGGAAGCGAUGGCGUAUACACCAUUCCCAACAGCGAGGCGCUCGUCUACUGUGGUCUUGAGGGCUGGAUGGCUGUGUUGCGUCCAAUCAUCGACUCUAAUGACCUCGGUCACCCUCUGUGCGGGCAUCUGCGAGAUGGCACAUGGGCUCUCGACUACGUUCACAACAGGCUCGUGAAGCAAACCAAUGUACUGCCUCGAUUGGCCGAACCGGCAAAGUGGCUGGCUCAACGUUUCGAUCUCAUCAAAGACUCGGCACCUAACUUUAUGCGCCCAAAGUACUUUGCGCUGGUGAUCAAAGCGGCCUAUGACGCCGCCGUGCGCAAGGCUCUGUCGCGCAUGUCGCCGAUCAUCAAGGACGGCCAUGACUUUAUCAAGGCGCUUGCCCUCUGCUCUGUCCAAAUGAACGGCCUGGUCAAGUCAGCUUCGUUGUGGCCUGACAAGCAAGUGGCUUCCAUGGCUGCGGGCCUGCCCUUCUUCGCUGCUUCAUGGGCGAGACUGUGGGGUCGCGAUGUCUUCAUCUCUCUUCGUGGUCUCUAUCUCGUCACUGGAAUGUUUGAGGCGGCCAGGGAGCAUAUCUUGGCUUUCGGCUCAACGCUCAAGCAUGGCAUGAUUCCCAACUUACUUGAUUCUGGUAAAACCCCCCGAUACAACUGCCGAGAUGGUCCUUGGUUCUUUGCCCAAAAUGUGCAAGACUACACCAAGAUGGUACCGAAUGGUGAAGCGAUUUUGAGCGAGAAAGUUGCCAGACGUUUCCCACUCGAUGACGAGUGGGUUCCUUGGGACGAUCCUAAGGCUUUCGCACACAAGAGCACGGUGGCUGAGCUCAUUCAAGAAAUUUUGCAGCGCCAUGCAUCUGGCAUUCACUUCCGUGAGUACAAUGCCGGGCCGGCGAUCGAUAACGACAUGCAUCCAGAAGGGUUCAACAUCGACGUUGACGUGGAUUGGGAGAGCGGUAUCAUCUUUGGCGGUAACGAGCACAAUUGCGGAACCUGGCAGGACAAGAACGGAUCCUCCGCCAAGGCCGGUAACAAAGGUAUUCCCGGUUCGCCCCGUAACGGAGCUGCGAUCGAAAUCACCGCGCUUCUGAAAAGUACUCUCAGCUGGAUUGUCGGACUGCAAAGGAAGGGUGUCUGGAAGGAGGGCAAGGGUGUCGAGGCAACUGUCAAGGGCCAAAAGACGCUCAUUACCUACGAGCAAUGGGCUGAACUUCUGCAACAGUCGUUCGAGCGAGCCUACUACAUUCCUUUGGACGCUAGCGAGGACAGCUCGUAUGACCUCGACGCCAAGCUCGUCAACCGCCGCGGUGUCUACAAGGACGUGUAUGGCUCUUCCAAAGGUCGCGAAUGGGCGGACUAUCAGUUCCGCUCCAACUUUCCUAUCGCCAUGUGCGUUGCACCCGAGCUGUUCAAGCCUGAGCAUGCCAUGAACGCUCUGAACAAGGCUCGCGAAAUUCUUGUCGGGCCUCUGGGGAUGAAGACGCUCGAUGCGUCCGAUUGGAACUACCGUCCAAACUACAACCAGCUCGACACGGACGAUCCUGCCACGUCGUGCGGAUGGAACUACCACAAUGGCCCCGAGUGGGUUUGGCUGCGAGGAUAUUACCUGCGCGCUGUGGCCAUUUUUGGAGCUAAAGCCGGCGUCGAGCGCUCGGUGCUCAACCAUCGCAUCAACAGUAUGAUGCUUGAGCACCGAAAGCAUAUCCGCACCUCGCCUUGGGCGGGUCUUCCUGAGCUCACCAAUGCUGAUGGUGCUCAUUGCCCGGACUCGUGCGCCACUCAAGCAUGGAGUGCCGCUGCACUCCUCGAUGCCUUGGAGGAGAUGGCCAAGUAG